AAGAGUUAAGACGACCGAGAUGCUGAACGUGUGGGUCACAAUUUUAACGGUUUCUUUGACAACCGCAUGUCAUUCAGCUAAAUCAAAUUCUGAUGAUAUUACCACUGAGAGCAUCUGUGAAGAGUGCACCGAUGUGCCAGACGCCCAAAUCCGCGAGUCUGAAUUUGAAACCACAAUUCUUAGGGGAGCACAACUGAUCAGUGUCCGGUUGAAAACCGACGAGCAUAAACGCGUCUUCAAGGAAUUAGCCGUGAGCAAAUUGAUUGAUGUUUGGAAGCAAACAAGGGGCAAGAACUCCCAUGCCGUUUUCAUGAUUCUGCCAGAAAAUGUGAAAAAUGUUCAUUUACAAUUAUUCGAGGCGGGCAUUCAGCCAAAAAUCAUGGCACCAGACGUGCAAAAACUAAUUGACGAGGAAAACCCUGCGAACACCACGGCCAAUACUGAUUCGUUCCGAAAAGGCUACACAUUAAACUGGGAUGCGUACCACAGAGCGACCGUGAUUCACGACUUUCUUGAUUAUUACGCUGCUAAUUAUGCGUCGCUCUGCACCGUUACAACAAUAGGAAAUACUUAUGAAAAAAGGCCCAUCAAGUUGAUUAAAAUUUCUGCCGGUGGUGCCACUAAGCGCCCUGCUAUAUUCAUAGACGGAGGAAUUCAUGCGAGAGAGUGGAUUGCGUCCGCAACAGUUUCAUACAUAGUAAAAGAGCUGGUUGAAAAUCGCACUCGCUACAGCUCAUUUGCAGAUGCUAUAGAUUUCCAUAUUGUUCCACUUCUCAAUGUUGAUGGCUACGAGUACACGCAAACGAAGGAACGUCUUUGGCGCAAAAACAGGACAAAAAGAAAUACAAAAUGCGUUGGAGUUGACGUGAACCGAAAUUUCGGCUACAAGUGGGGAGGAGCGGGCGCCAGCACAAGUGCCUGCUCAGAAAUAUUUCGAGGACCGUCUGCUUUUUCAGAACCAGAAGCCAUAGCUAUUAGAGACUACAUCAUGAGUUUUAACGUUGGAUUUUUUAAUUCUUACUUGUCGUUCCACAAUUUCGGCCAGUGGAUUUUGUACCCUUGGGGAUACGCUGUCAUGGUUCCUCCUGACUCUGCCGACUUGCAGAGAGUGGGAAACAGUGGUGCUGCGGCGAUGAAGGCUUUGAGCCAAACCAUUUACAAAGUUGGAAAUUCUGCCAAACUAUUGUACAAAUCAUCUGGUGUCUCUGUCGAUUGGGCGAAGGCUGUUCCGGGAAUUAAAUAUACAUACACUGUAGAAUUGCCUGACAAAGGAAAAUAUGGUUUUCUGUUACCGGCAAGUUUCAUUAAAACAACUGGAGAGGACGUGAUGGCUAUGAUCAGGGUUGUUGCUGAAGAAAUCCUUAAAGCUAAAUAACUCCAGGAAACUUUUAAGUGAAAAUUUUACGAUUUAUCAUCAUAUUUUAUUCUUUAAUUUAUUAUUUAUUCCGGUUUUUUCUUUUAUAAAACUUUGUUGAAAAAGUUAGUAAAAAAUAUAAAUUUAAUUGAAGUUAAUUUUAUGAAUUGUUGUAUUAAUUUUUUGUAUUUAAAAAUUUAAUUUUUUAAUAAAACUUGCUAUAGUAUUCUGAUUGCUAAUAUAACAAGAUUUUCUUUGAAGGCAAACAUAGACCUCAGUAGACCUUAUUGUUUCUAC